CGUUGCGACGGGCAGGUGCAUCGAAGCGCACGCACGGAGCGAGUGAUGCCCGCGACGGCCUGGGCCCAGUGAGCGAGCCGGAUUGGCGCCAUGACCGACGGACUGGCGCGCUUCCUGGGCGUGGUGUACCCGAACUCGGUGGUGGAUUUGUUGGCGCGGUGCCGCCGGAGAGUGACGCAGGCACGCAGAGGACUGCAGAGGCGCAGCAUGAGAUUCUCCAGGUCAGGCGGCCAGUGGCUGGUGCUGGCCGCGGCGCUGGUUCUCCUGCCCGCCGCUAGGUGUCAGGCGCGCGAAGCGAGCGUCUUCCCCUGGAACCAGCACGUCGACACGAGCAACAACUGGCGGCCGGUGGCGGCGCACCGCGACGCCGCCAAGUGGUCGCCCGGCGUUGUGGCCACGGCAGCCACACGCCGCGUCUACGUGCCGGCGGCCGGCUACGCCGCGCCGGCCGGCUACAGUGAGUACGACUACGACUACGACGCAGCGGCCUCGCCCAGGCCGUACCCGUUCUGGGCGCCGGGCGUGGUGACAACCGAACGCGUGACGACCACGGGCCCGUCGACCGGGCAGCCGCUGCUGCUCGGUGAGAGCUUUUAUCACGAGAUCGCACGCAAGCGCACUACGACGACGACAACGACGACCACGACGACCACGACGACGAAAGCACCGACGACGAGGAAGUCGACGACCACGACAACGGGAUCGACGAAGGGUGAAGAGGCUGCCGCCGCGCCACGCCCCUCCUCUUACUCGCAGUCGCCGAGCAAGAGCCUGCUGCAGCAGAUCCUGCGCGGGCCGUCGUCCGGCGGCGGGCAGCGGCGGCCGGACUUCUCAGCGCUGCUCGGCGCCCUGAUGGCGCCACCCACCGUCGACGACAGCCCCGACAACCUGUCGCUGCCGGCGUCGCUGUUCGGCGCGGCGGAGGGCUCGGGCGGCGCGCCGGCCGCCAGUCCGUUUGCCGCGCUGCUGCGGCGACGCACCACCCGCCGCCCCGCCGUCACCACCGAGGCCACUACGGCGCCGACGACCAAGCGGAAGACGACGACGCCCGCGACGACGACGACGACGAAGGCAGCAGCGGCGGCAGGCGCGACGACGACCACGCGCAGGCCCACCAACUUCCUCUCGCACCUGCUGGGCAUCUUGGCGAGGCCGCGGCCGCGCCCAUCGCCCGGUCAGAAGAAGCCGACGACGACCAAGACGACCACGACUACGACGACCACAACUACGACGACGCAGCGUCCCACGACGCCGGCCGACGAGGAGGUGGAGAAGUUCGACACCGGCUUCCACAUCUUCAGUCAGAUGUUCAGCGGGAGCGGGAACGGCAUCGGCGCCGGCGCUGGCUCCAGCGCCGGCGCCGAUCAGGCGCCGAGCGCGUCUCGGCCGCAGGCGCAGACGAAGCCGCCGCCGCCGCCGCCGUCACCGCCUACUCCGCCGCCGCCGCCACGACCGUACUACCCGCCGCGGCGGCCGCUGCCGUCACCGCCGCCAUCGUACGCAAGCUCACCAUACCACACAACGGAGGCGUACCACGCCACCUCGCCGUACCGCUACAGCACUCGCUACCACACCACCUCACGGCCGUACCCCUUCUACAACCGGCCGUACGCGGUGGACAAGGUGGACGGGCCCCAGCGGCCCGGCCGCCCACCGGUGCCCUACUACUACAACACGGACGUGUCGACGGCGCCGCCGCCGCCAAAGAUCAACAUCAACCAGCUGUUUGGCAGCGUGGUGCAGCUGGUAAAGAGCGACGGUCCGUCCAUGAUGAGUCACCUGGGCGACGCGAUGUCGCACGUGCAGCAGGGCAACUACAUGGGCUUCAUCCAGUCGGUGAUGCCGGUGCUCGGACAGGCCACGCCCGUCAUCAUGAACGUCAUCAACGCCGUGGCACCAGCGCUGGAGAAGUCGGACCUCUUCAGCGGCCAGCUGGCGGACGGCGGCGGCGGCCUUGGCGGCCUCGUCACUACCUUCACCAGCAUGCUCAGCGGCCGGCCGCAGCCGCCGCGGCCGCAGGGCUUCAGCUACUCCGAGAAAAACGACGACGGCUUCAACCGGCCCUACUACGUCGGCAAGGUGAUCGGCUCCGGCCUCAAGCUCGCCACCUACCUCAUCAACUUCGGCACGACGGUGGUGCGCGCUCGUGAGAUGGGCCGCCAGGCUCCGGCCUUUGACCCGGCGGCAUUCGAGCUGAUCUUCGCCGAGGAGAUCGAGUGGGCGCGCGAGAACAUCGGCCAGGAGAACCUGGCCUUCCUGCGGGACUGGGUGGACGGACAGACGGCUGGGCGGUGAGCGGAGUCGAGCUCACCGGGCGCGUCGCGAACUCACGUCGCAGUGAGCUCACCGGGCGCCCACGGUGAGCGGCGCUGAGCUCACUCGAGCGGGAUCGCGCCCACAGUAAGCAGCGCCGUACCGACAGUGGUCCCAGUCGUGCUCACCCCGAACGGUGUCGUGCUCACCGCGAACAGUGUCGUGCUCACCACGAACAGUGCCGUGCUCACCACGAACAGUGUCGCGCUCCGGUGAGCUCGUCCCGGCACCGCGAACUCACAGACCGUGGACAACGCGACCGCGGGAUCGACCGCGGCGCAGCGCGAGGCGAGAGUCUGCGCCGCGCAGCAUACCAGACGGACAGACUGGUGACCACUGGACGGUGGACAGACUGCUGACGAGACAGGGUCAGAGGCGCAGACGCUGCUGCUCAGAGGCUAAGGUGCCGGAUCGGGCAGACGGGACUACUAGCUAGUUGUGAACGGCGCCGCCAGGGCGGCGCCACUGUCUUGCACUGUGGCCGGCGAGAUUCGCUAUCGGGUGUGGGCAAGCAGAACAUUUGAACUGUGUAUUUGCAUGAGUCUGUGUGUACGCGUGUGUGUGCGUGUGCUUGCAACGGUCCAAAUGCAAGCGCCAUACUCGUGUGCCCUUCGCACUCGGAAGUACCUGCCGGUUCUCCGGCCGGAGGUACCACGCGCCGGACAUGCGUUACGUCGUCAUCCUAUGACGUCACGCACCUUGCGACCGCAAACGCCGACUGGUCUGCUUUCCGACGCAUUGCACCGUUAUUCACGCAGAUUGCACGCUCUCUCCUCCCUCGCCUCUGACCAGCAGCUCCAACCCACGCCCGCCUCUGGCACUGCCCUCCGGCGGUGCCCAGACCUCCCGACACGCCCCGACACACCCGCCCGACAUUCCGCCCGGCCGAAAGCCUCGGGCCCGUCACGCCGAGGCCAUCUCCGACGCGCGCGGGCCCGAUCAGAGGCGUGGC